AUCACACCCGCACCUCGUUGUCCGGCACUUCGACAGCCGGUGACCAAAUCCACAUGCCCAGACGAUUGAUCACUUAUUCCGGUUGAACUGUAUAAAUACACCUGCCGCCCGGUGGGGGUAUGUUCAAUCGCGAAUCGACUGGAGUCCGAGCAACAUGGAUACACGACCGUCGCUAUUGCUUUGUUUACUGCAGCUGCUGCUGCUGUUGGGAGUCGCGACACUACUUCCCACUACGGAAGCCCAAGGCGGGGGCCAGCAGUCACGUAUCGUAUGCUAUUUCAGCAACUGGGCCAUCUAUCGGCCCGAUGUCGGACGUUACACUAUCGAUGACAUCCCUGGGGAAAUGUGCACCCACAUCAUUUACUCGUUCAUCGGAGUGGACGACAGCAACUACAAGGUGCUAGUGAUCGACCCGGAGGUGGAUUUGGAACAGAAUGGGUUUAGAAAUUUCACCAAUCUCAAGACAAAGUAUCCGCAUGCCAAGUUCAUGAUUGCCGUCGGGGGUUGGGCCGAGGGAGGCAAGAAAUACUCCCAGAUGGUGGCGGUGAAGAAACGACGGGAUUCGUUCAUUGCCAGCGUGAUACAGUUCAUGAAGGUGUAUAACUUCGAUGGCUUCGAUCUCGAUUGGGAAUAUCCGGGAGCGGCUGAUCGUGGAGGUAGUUUUGGCGAUAAGAACACGUUCUACUACUUUGUUGAAGAGCUAAGGAGGGCUUUCGAUCGCGAAGGCCGAGGGUGGGAAAUUACGAUGGCUGUACCGGUGGCGAACUUCCGUCUACAGGAGGGUUAUCACGUGCCGGAACUUUGUGAAAACUUGGACGCAAUUCAUUGCAUGACGUACGAUUUGAGAGGAAACUGGGCCGGCUUCGCUGAUGUUCAUAGUCCGCUGUAUAAGCGACCCCAUGAUCAGUAUGCGUACGAGAAACUGAACGUUAACGACGGUGUACAACUCUGGGUCAAUUACGGCUGUUCACCUAAAAAACUGGUAGUCGGAGUUCCGUUCUACGGUAGAACAUUCACUCUCAGCGCCAGCACUAAGAACCCGACUCUCGGAUCCUAUAUAAACAAAGAAGCUGGAGGUGGUGCUCCUGGACCCUACACAAACGCAAGUGGAUUCUUAGCCUACUACGAGAUUUGCACCGAAGUGCAAGACGACCAGAAAGGUUGGUCGAAGAAAUGGGAUUCUGUUGGUCUCUGUCCGUAUGCGUAUAAAGACACUCAGUUCGUUGGAUACGAGGAUGUUGAAUCGUUACAACAUAAAAUGGAAUGGAUUAAGGAAAAGGGAUACGCGGGCGCAAUGACAUGGGCUGUGGACAUGGAUGAUUUCCGCGGGCUGUGCGGUCCAGAAAACGUUCUUAUGAAUGUGCUCUAUGAUGCUAUGAAGGAUUACACUGUUCCGGAACCGUCGAUCAGUACAACUCCGAGGCCUGAAUGGAACCGACCACCAUCAACGCAGCCAACUAACGAGGAAGGUCCGCUUGUGGGUGGCCCACCUACCAGUCGACCAAAGCCAACAACCACCGCUGCUCCGACCAAACGAACCACCCGAAAGACAACCACUCGGAGGACAACGACCACAACAACUGCGGCACCAGCUCCUCCAGACAGCGAGGAAGAAAUCAUGCAGCCAGAGCCAGCACCAGUACCAGCUCCACCAUCUGUGGACUAUGAGGAAAUUUCGGAUAUAGAUUGCUCUGAAGGCAAAGACUUUGUACCGUCGGCAGAUUGCACCAAGUAUUAUCGAUGUGUACACGGGCAACCUGUCGAGUUUUCUUGCAAGCCCGAUACGGCGUUCCACACGGUGUUGAAUGUGUGCGACUGGACUGAAAACGCCGACCGACCGGAAUGUAGAGGAGAGGCAAAAACAGUAAAAGAUUUCGUGCAGCAAGGCCUGGCUGAUGAACAGCAGGACGACAGCAGUAGAGAAGAUAAUGAUGAGUUGGAGGAAUAAACAAUAUUUAUUUUUAGUCAUAAGCAAGCCCUAACUCGACUGAUUUGUCAAAUAAUGAGAUUAGUUUUUCGAAUUGUCAGUAAACGCACAGUAGGAAACAUA